AUGAAGCCCUGCCCCAAACAGUGGGCCUUGCUUCACCACUCUUGGUGCACCACCUUGGUGAUUUUGGCCACCAUCCUUGUCGAGGUCACGGCUCAUUCCAUUAUUUGUUACACAUGCAAAGAACAAGUCUCCAACUGGAAAUGUCUGGGCAUGACCAUUUGCUCUGAGCAAGAACAGCAAUGUAACGAUUCCAAGGUGCUCAUCACAAAGACAUAUGCUGAGAAGUGUCCAUCUGAAAGAGAUUAUCCAGACAGGGUCCUCAGUUCCCUUUUUUGCUGUGAAUGUUCUUGGUGUAACAUACAACCUCCAAAAUAA